AUGGGUAAGAAAGAGAAACACGUGAAGGUUGACGUUGGGAAUUUCGACAACAUGAAUGUACGAACUAACCAUUACACCCCUCUUCCUGAAGGAUGUUCCCCAUUGAAAAGGGAAAUCAAGAAUUACAUAUCGUCUGGUUUUUUCAAUUUGGACAAACCGGCGAAUCCGUCGUCUCAUGAGGUUGUGGCUUGGAUUAAGCGCAUCCUUCGAGUUGAAAAAACAGGCCAUAGUGGUACUCUGGACCCUAAGGUGUCUGGAUGUCUCAUCGUAUGUAUCGAUCGUACUACUCGGUUAGCAAAAUCUCAGCAAGGUGCAGGUAAAGAAUACGUUGCCAUCUUCAAACUUCAUAAUGCUGUAGAAAGCGAAAAGAAGAUAAGGCAAGCACUGGAAAAGUUAACCGGUGCUCUGUUUCCAACGUCCUCCACUGAUCUCAGCCGUAAAGCGCCAGUUGCGUGCUUUUGCAGGGUGAAAUGUGAAUCGGGAACAUACGUCAGAACGAUUUGUGUACAUCUUGGUCUUUUACUUGGAGUAGGUGCGCAAAUGCAGGAGUUACGAAGGAAUCGAUCCGGAAUCACUGAUGAGCACGACCAGCUCGUGACAAUGCACGAUAUAUUAGACGCUCAGUACGUUUUGGACCAUCACAAGGACGAAACUUACAUGCGCCGAAUAGUUCGACCACUAGAAGCGUUACUAGUGGAACACAAAAGGAUAAUCGUGAAGGAUUCUUCGGUGAACGCGAUUUGCUAUGGAGCCAAAAUACUUCUUCCUGGUGUCUUGCGAUAUGACGACGGUAUUGAAGUCGGACAGGAGAUCGUUAUAGUCACAACGAAGGGAGAGGCAGUCUGCAUCGCCAUUGCGCAAAUGACCACUUCAACAAUGGCGUCCACAGACCAUGGUGUGGUAGCGAAAUCGAAGCGUGUCAUUAUGGAGCGUGAUGUGUACGGCCGUAAAUGGGGCUUGGGGCCAGUCGCUAUGAAGAAGAAGCAGAUGAUUAAGGAUGGGCUCUUGGAUAAGUUGGAAAACCCAACCCUAAGACGCCCGCAGACUGGAAAGUCGUCGAUUAUUCAGCACGAAAAACAGACCUGA